AUGCACAGUUGUAACCCGAGUGUUCUGUCUCUCAGGAAACUGUGGGACUCUAAGAUAGCCGACCCGUCCUCCAGGCUGCGGACACAGAUUGGUAAAAAGGGAUAUUGGGUGGAGAAAGUGCAGUGUCAGGGUGUGGAGGUGUCUCUGUCGCAGUGCCAGGCCCAGCUGUCCCUCCCCAGGACUGAUGUCCCGUGCAGCGGGGGCAUGCAUGCAGUGGUCCGCUGCGUCCCCGGGUACCAGUUCGCACGCUAUGGAAGAGCACCUGCACCACCUGCUGUAACGCCUGUUGUCCGCCUGAAGGCGGGGCCCCGUCUUGGGGAGGGUCGUGUCGAGGUGCUGAUAGAGGGCAAGUGGGGCACCAUGUGUGACCACCUGUGGGACGUGACUGCAGCCAGCGUGGUCUGUAGAGAGCUGGGCUUCGGGACAGCCAAAGAGGCCCUCAAAAAGGCUCAGCUGGGACAGGGUACUGGUCCCAUCCACAUGAACAGCGUCCAGUGCACGGGCAGAGAGAGGUCGAUUACAGAGUGCAUCUACAGACCGGUGCCGCUCUACAGCUGCAAACACAACCAGGAUGUAGCAAUCCGCUGCAACGUGCCCAACAUUGGCCUGCAGACCACGGUGCGCCUGGCGGGCGGCAGGGAGCCAUCAGAGGGCCGCGUGGAGGUGCUGAUGGAGAUCGGAGGAGUGAAGCGCUGGGGCUCCGUCUGCAGCGAGAACUGGGGCAUCAAUGAGGCCAUGGUGGUGUGUCGACAGCUCGGCCUGGGCUUUGCCUCAACAGCUCAUCAGGAAACCUGGUAUUGGCCUGGUUCCUCAGAUGCCGGGGAGGUGAUGCUGAGUGGGACACACUGCAUCGGCACUGAGAUGUCCAUCCAGCAGUGUCGCAGAAACACAAACGUCUACUGUCCCAGGGGAGGAGAUGGCAGAGCGGCAGGAGUGACAUGUGUAGAGACUGCACCUGACCUUGUCCUGGACGCUCAGCUAGUCCAAGAGACGGCCUACCUGGAGGAUCGACCCCUGCACCUGCUGACCUGCGCCAAUGAGGAGAACUGCCUGUCCUCCUCCGCCGCCAGGAUGAACUGGCCCUAUGGACACCGCCGCCUGUUGCGCUUCUCCUCCCGCAUCAUGAACCUGGGUUGCGCCGACUUCCGACCCAGAGCCUCCAGAGAAAGCUGGGUUUGGCACCAGUGCCACAGGCACUACCACAGCAUUGAGGUGUUCACCCACUACGAUCUGCUCACCCUCAAUGGGACCAAGGUUGCUGAAGGUCACAAAGCCAGUUUCUGUCUGGAGGACACAUACUGCCCUGAAGGUCUCCAUAAGCGUUAUGCCUGCUACAACAUGGGACAGCAGGGUAUCUCAGUUGGCUGCUGGGACACAUACCGCCACGACAUCGACUGCCAGUGGGUGGACAUCACAGACGUACGACCUGGUGAAUACAUCUUCCAGGUGGAGGUCAACCCUUCCUUAGACAUGGCUGAGUCUGAUUUCCAGAACAACGUGAUGCGCUGUCGCUGCAAGUACGACGGAGUCCGAGUUUACAUGUCUGGAUGCCAUGCAGGUGAUGCUUACAGUGCAGAGGUGGAGGACUUGUUCGACCACCAACGUCAAAUCUCCAGCAACUUCCUGUGAACUGAAGAACACGCAGAUAUAAGGACAGAACAACUGUACAACUCCUCACAACACCUCAACAUGUCAGGGGAGGGAGGUUUCUAAUGACAAUGACAUGCCAGUAAAAAGAGAGAUGAGGGGCAGUGGGAGGAGGAGGGGGAGCUGGGAUAAUGUGGGAGGGAAUUCAUGCAACAGAUGAUUAAUUAGGAUCCUGUGACUGAAGAAGGAGAAAUGUAGAAAGAGAAGGCCGUCGCAGGCAUCCUGCCACCAUGAUAAAACAUAGAGUAAUACAUGAUUUUACAAAAACCUUUCAACAAAUUUCAUUCCCUUGAUCGAAACAUAACACAGUGAACAAAGUGAUGACAUGAAGGCGCACUAGUACAACACCUUCUGUACUCUUUCAGUGCAUCACCAGGCUGUUGUCCAUAUGACAUCAACACAGAUCACCGACUGUUGACAAAGCUCGUCAUGCCUCCUGUGCUUUCACUGUUUACUGUUUUUGGUUUUCAAUGAGAUUUUUUAUUUCUUGGUGCUAUUUUGCCUCUUUUGAAUAAAUUUUGUAAUGUAUUGCAAAUGUAUUGUCAUGUACAGUUUUAUAUUACCUCUCUUGAAUAUUGCUUUAUAAUUUAUGCUGAAUUUUAAUGUACUUUUGAGUUGAAACUUGUCCCUGUGUGGCUGUGUUUUUUAUUUUUUAUUGUUGCUUUUAUUGAUAAAUACAUUUAAUUCUGUUUGUUCUUAACUUGUGGGUAACAUCAGACCAUAUCUGAUUGUACCACGGCGUUGCGCCUUUAACAGUACUUGGUAAUGGUAGAGAAAGAAUAAACGUCAGACU